AUGGUCACUCGUUGGCGGACGUGCACUAAGUUCUUCCUGGUACUGGUGUUUCUGUGUGUCAUAUACUAUGCCCUGCUGGAACAUCCCUACUACCCCAACCAUCCCUUCCAGCGUCCCCCUUCCUGGAGGACUCCAGACCCUACAAGGGAAGACGAACUGUCAUCCGAGAGCAUCAGUCCUACUACUAAUGAUGAAUCAACGUAUUAUACGGAAGCUGAAACACCAGACAACAAGGACACACCUACAGUAUAUGUUGAAGCUGAACCACAAGCUGAAUUAGAAGAUUACCUGGACACAAUAUCCAUUCAGGACUGGCCAUCAAUAACACUGGCCACUGGACUGGCCAUUGCUGUUCCAUAUGUGUCCCCAGGACCGUACCAUGUAGAAUACCCAUCAGAGUACCACUUCAUCCUGGAUGAGCCGGAGAAAUGCCGGGAGCAGAACCCCUUCCUGGUUCUGGUGGUGCCAGUGGCGCCCUAUAACAGGGAGGCUCGUGACGCUGUCCGCAGUACUUGGGGCAGUCAGAACCUGGUUUUCGGCAACAAGGUGCAUCUGUUCUUCCUGCUGGGACUGCCCAGUGGAGAGGGGACAGAGCAGCACCAGGAGAAGGUGCUGCAGGAGAGCAAAGAGCACCAGGAUCUGCUGCAGAGCGACUUCAUAGACAGCUACAAAAACCUGACCAUCAAGACCAUGAUGAUGAUGGAGUGGCUGAGCUCUCGCUGCCCCAACGCCUCCUACGCCAUGAAGAUCGACUCAGACAUGUUCCUCAACGUGCACAACCUGGUUUACAUGCUGCUUCUACAUUCUCCCAAGCAGAACUACAUGACUGGAAUGGUGGCAAUUGGUGCAGCGGUUCUUCGGGACCCGAGCUCCAAAUGGUACCUUCCUCAUGAGGCUUUUCCUGAACCAGUAUACCCACCUUAUUCUCUGGGCCUGGGCUAUGUCUUCACCUUAGACCUCCCCAGGAAGCUGGUGGAGGCGUCCAGGCAUGUUAAAGCCAUCUACAUAGAGGAUGUGUAUCUGGGACUGUGUAUGAGACACCUGGGCAUUCGGCCUACUAACCCACCGAUUGACAACCUCUUUCAGGGUUAUGCUGAGGCCCAGGACCGCUGUCACUACAUGGCUGUUAUCACAACCAUCCUCUACACUCAUCAAGAGCUUCUGGACGUAUGGAGAGACUUACACCAACCUGGGCCUGUCUGUUAUUGAAAACAACACUCUGGGAAAGACAGGUAGCCUUGAGGUUACAAUCUCGGAGCUGACAAAAUGACAAAUCUGUCGCUGUGCCCUUGACCAAGGCACUUAACCCCAAUGCUCCAUGGGUGCUGGUCAAUGGUGUCCCUGGCCGUGACCCCACUCCCUGUGGGUGUCUUGGGGGGAGUUGGGAUAUGCAAGAAACACAUUAUCAUAAGCACCCCCCAUAUUAUUUCAAGGCCUUUGUGCACACAGUGUGUGUUUUUUCUUACUGACGUUCAGAGUCUAGAACCGAAAACGCAGUCACAGCUCAAACAACAUAACCAAGACAAAGUCACAGCUCAAACAACACAACCAAGACAGUCACAGCUCAAGCAACACAACCAAAGAAACAGUCACAGCUGAAACAAAACUACCAGGACAGUCACAGCUCAAACAACACAACCAAGACUAAGUCACAGCUCAAACAACACAACCAAGACUAAGUCACAGCUCAAACGACACAACCAAGACAAAGUCACAGCUCAAACAACACAACCAAAGACACAGUCACAGCGCAAACAACACAACCAAGACAAAGUCACAGAAACAACACAACCAAGACAAAGUCACAACUCAAACAACACAACCAAUGCACAGUCACAGCUCAAAUAACACAACCAAGACAAAGUCACAACUCAAACAACACACCCAAAGACACAGUCACAGCUCAAACAACACAACCAAGACAAAGUCACAGUUCAAACAACACAACCAAGACAAAGUCACAACUCAAACAACACAACCAAUGCACAGUCACAGCUCAAACAACACAACCAAAGACAGUCACAGCUCAAACAACACAACCAAAGACAGUCACAUCUCAAACAACACAACCAAAGACACAGUCACAGCUCAAACAACACAACCAAAGACGCAGUCACAGUUCAAACAACAUAACCAAAGACACAGUCAUAGCUCAAACAACACAACCAAAGACACAGUCACAGCUCAAACAACACAACCAAGACAAAGUCACAGCUCAAACAACACAACCAAAGACACGGUCACAGCUCAAACAACACAACCAAGAAAAAGUCACAGUUCAAACAACACAACCAAAGACACAGUCACAGCUCAAACAACACAACCAAAGACACAGUCACAGCUCAAACAUCACAACCAAAGACACAGUAACAGCUCAAACAACAAAACCAAAGACAAAGUCACAGCUCAUACAACACAACCAAGACAAAGUCACAGCUCAAACAACACAACCAAAGACACAGUCACAGCUCAAACAACACAACCAAAGACACAGUCACAACUCAAACAACAUAACCAAAGACACAGUCAUAGCUCAAACAACAGAACCAAAGACACAGUCACAGCUCAAACAACACAACCAAGACAAAGUCACAGCUCAAACAACACAACCAAAGACACGGUCACAGCUCAAACAACACAACCAAGACAAAGUCACAGCUCAAACAACACAACCAAAAACACAGUCACAGCUCAAACAACACAACAAAAGACACAGUCACAGCUCAAACAACACAACCAAGACAGUCACAGCUCAAGCAACACAACCAAAGAAACAGUCACAGCUGAAACAACACUACCAGGACAGUCACAGCUCAAACGACACAACCAAGACAAAGUCACAGCUCAAACAACACAACCCAAGACACAGUCACACCGCAAACAACACAACCAAGACAAAGUCACAGAAACAACACAACCAAAGACAAAGUCACAGCUCAAACAACACAACCAAGACAAAGUCACAGCUCAAACAACACAACCAAGACAAAGUCACAGCUCAAACAACACACCCAAAGACACAGUCACAGCUCAAACAACACAACCAAAGACACAGUCACAGCGCAAACAACACAACCAAGACAAAUUCACAGCUCAAUCAACACAACCAAAGACAAAGUCACAGCUCAAACAACACAACCAAAGACAAAGUCACAGCUCAAACAACACAACCAAAGACAAAGUCACAACUCAAACAACACAACCAAUGCACAGUCACAGCUCAAAUAACACAACCAAAGACAAAGUCACAGCUCAAACAACACAACCAAGACACAGUCACAGCUCAAACAUCACAACCAAAGACACAGUCACAGCUCAAACAUCACAACCAAUGACACAGUCACAGCUCAAACAACACAACCAAAGACACAGUCACAGCUCAAACAACACAACCAAAGACAGUCACAACUCAAACAACACAACCAAGACAGUCACAGCUCAAACAUCACAACCAAGACAAAGUCACAGCUCAAACAACACAACCAAAGACACAGUCACAGCUCAAACAACACAACCAAGACAAAGUCACAGCUCAAACAACACAACCAAAGACAAAGUCACAGCUCAAACAACACAACCAAAGACACAGUCACAGCUCAAACAACACAACCAAAGACUCAGUCACAGCUCAAACAACACAACCAAAGACACAGUCACAGCUCAAACAACACAACCAAAGACUCAGUCACAGCUCAAACAACACAACCAAAGACGACAGUCUCAGAGUUUUGAGGUGACUAAAAGCCACAGACAGGAAGGUGCAGGCAGAGACAAAUGCGACUUCCCCUGUCAUUGACUGUAAAAUGAUGUCAGCGUUUGUGAGACUGAGACGCCUGAGACUGAGGAUGAGUCCCAAAUGACACCCUAUAUAGUCUCUGGUCAAAAAUAGUGCAUUAUAUAGGGGAUAAAAAGUAGUGCCCUAUAUAAGGGAUAAAAAGUAGGGCGUUAUAUAGGGAAUAGGGUGCCCUUUGAGAUGCGGACACUGAGACAACACUACACAAGGAUGAGAAUGAUAAACAACACUGAUCAUUUGGUUCACAGUAGUUUACAGACAGAUCAGGAUUGCCCUGUUUGAGAGAAUUUCAAGAAUGGUGUAUGUACUCUGAAAUAAAGUAUUUUUUUAUACAACUGGAUAUGAAUGAUUGUAGACGUAGGCCUACAUCAAAUAUUAGUCUAUGUAGCCUAUUUGUUUACCACUGUCAAGAAUGGGAAGCAAUUUUCGUUUUAAUAUAUUGACUUAGUUUUCAUCCUGUAUUUGAAUAUAUACGUGGUUUGUUCCCAACAUCCAUGUGCUCUUUAAGAUGUAGGCUAGGUCUCCACACUCCCCUUGGUCAACAGGGCUUGGUUGUUUGCCCAACAGUCCUGUUUCAAGUUCCCUGAACUAAAUCCAUGAAGACACAUUCAGCCAGGCAGUUGCCUAGAAACACAGCCUGGUCUCAUAGACUAGACGUAACAUAGUACAUGUAAAAACGUCACGUUCAAAUUAGUACGUUAUGUUGUGUUUGGUGUGGUAUGGUUACAUAGGACAGAAGGUUAUGCAAGUCAAAAAACGAAAGGAGGGUGGUUGGUCGGGGUGGAUAGGUGUGCGUAUAACGUGAACGUCUAGCAACCCAAAGAUGAUUGGAAUUUCAUCAUGGAUUAGCAAGUUUUCAACUGUUUACUACUUUUUAGCUACUUUGCAAAUAUUUAGCAUGUUAGCGUACCCUUCCGCUAACCCUAACCUUAACCUUUUAGCUAACCCUUCCCCUAACCAUAACCUUAACCCUUUAACCUAACAUCUAACCUUAACCCUAACCUUGACCCUAACCCCUAACCCUAACCCCUAACCUAGCUAACAUUAGCCAGCUAGCUAACAUUAGCGUUAGCCACCUAGCCACCUAGCUAACGUUAGCCACAACAAAUUGGAAUUCGUAACAUUUCAUAGGUUUUGCAAUUUCCAACAUAUUGUACGUUUUGCAAAUUCGUGACAUAUUGUACUUUUUGAAAAAUUCGUAGCAUAUUACAUAAAUUGUAACUCGUAACAUACGAAAUGGACAUUACAUUUUACAUUUCAGUCAUUUAGCAGACACUCUUAUCCAGAGCAAUUUACAGUUAGUGAGUGCAUACAUUGUUUUUUUGUGGGGGGGUUUUCCAUACUGGCCCCCCCCGUGGGAAUCGAACCCACAACCCUGGCGUUGCAAACGCCAUGCUCUACCAACUGAGCUACAACUGAGCUACAUCCACAAAUCAAUACAUACCAUAAAUACAUACCAUACGAAACGCAACAUAUCAUACUAAAUGGAGUGACUCUGAUUUAUUUACAGAAUAAUACGAAACGCUUUGAUACCAGGGUGAGAAACAAGGUAAUGAAGAGAGUCCCAAAUAGUCCUUAAACAGUCUGGUCACAUGGGGCCUCAUUUAAAAACGUAGCAUACACAUAACAUAUGACCCAACUGCACCAGUUUUCACGCAAAAGUUGGCAUUUAUAAAAACUAAAAUUGACGUGAGAAUGUGCUUAUCCUCCUGCCACCUUUAGACCAUGCAUAGGCAUAGUUAAUUUACCAUUAGUUAGAAGAGCAAAAACUAUAUAUUUAUAUUUGUUGCAGAAUAAACGCCUCGCCUUUUCUGACUGUGAUGGUUUUAUUCUCUAUUUCAGUAUUUUGCUCAAUGCGAUCGGAUCAGAAGGGGAGUUUAACAGCGGAACAGACGGUUCACGUUUUCCAUUGAGGUCUAGGCUACGUCUGAAUACUGUAAUUUCACAUUUCUCGAGUAGACCAUAUUUCAUUUAUAAACACAAUACAUAAUACAUAUAUCAUAACCAUUGCAGAAUAAAUUCCUCACCUUUUCUGGCCAUGAGUUCAUAUUCCCGAAGUAGCCAUGCUCAUCUCUCAUUUCAUUUGGCCUAUUAGAUUGGCUGUUAUAAUUUCAAGUUUUUUGCUCUAUCCGAAAGGGAGCGCGGUUUAUAACAUACAGUAGAAUUUUAACAGGUGAACAGACGGUUGAUCUUUUGCAUUGAAGUGUGUACGCUACACUGUAAGUAGGCCUACUGUAGUUUUCUAUUUUUUUCCCCAAGUAGACAAAACAGUAUUGAAUUCAAACGAUAUGUUUACAGGUCCACAACAAUUUGCAAUUGAUUUUGUCGGUCAGAUACUGCGAAAGAAAACAUUCUCCCAACCAGUGGUGUAGUGGAGGGUACACACAGGUACACGCCAUAUACACACUUAUUUUUCAGUGGGCGUUGCGUCUGCUCACUUCUUAAUCCCCUGGACUCCCAGUGGACAAACGGAUACGUAUCAAAGUAGUGUAGUGGAAGUAUAUGACAUGUUAAUUAAUACGGCUGAUGAAACAGAUCAGAUUGUUUAGCUUAAAAUGUUGAGAAACUAUUGUACACACGCCGGUAGACCUACAAGCGGUUUCAUGGAAAGAGAUGGAAAUAUCUGUUAGAAAUGUAGAGGGGGGGUUAAAGAUGUAACAACUAUCAUGGGUUGCUAAUAUGACUGGGAUAUUGCCUUUGGCUGCUAGACAAUGAAAGUGCUAGACAAUGGAGAAUGAAUAUGAGGAAGUCUUUAUAAAAAAAGAAUUGCAUCCAGGUUUCUAUGGUGGGAUUUUGGCUAUAGGCUACAUUGAAGCAAGAUAAGACAUGCCUCAUGAUAUAAACUAAAACGUCAAGGUUACAAACAAUUAAGGAACAGGAAAAAUAUAGCGAUGUUAAUGCUAGGCCUAACCGUCUUCUGGUAAAUGGAAAGGCUUUCCCAAAAACCUUCUCAGUUAAAGGUUAACUGGCUACAAAGUAGCCUACCUGGCAGAAUGAUGUCAUGAUUAUUUGCAUCAAUCCAGUGGCCAUUUAUUUAGCAAACUCCAUCUCAUGUACAACAGAAACACUGCUAACCAAACAACAGUGCUAGGUGCCUUCACACUUGAAUUAAAAAGGGCAGCUACACUCAAAAAUCUAAAUUUCUUUUUAAAAUUUCACAGACCUCAAAAGUGGUCUCCUGAUGUGGUUAAAGCAUUGUUAUGGACUUAGAACACACAAUGUUGUUGUAUUUCUGUAAAAUAAAAAAUAAAAGUCACUUUGAGAGCGAAAACUGAAAAGAAAUUGGGAAUAUUUUGAAAACUUGGAAUUUCUGACUCAGUUGACUGCCUAUUUGAUCUGUGUCAAUAGUAGGGAUACUGUUAGUCUACUUGCACUGUACAUUGUUUCUCAUAGAAUUGUUCACACAGGGUGCCUUUCCUUCGCUGGGCAGGCCGUUUGGAAAUGUUCUGGCAAAAUGUUAGUAUACCCACUCCUCCAGGCAUGACUACACCUCUGCUGCCAACACCUCCAAAUAGGCCUACAUUUGAUCAAGUUCGCCAUUGCUAUAUCCUUUUGAUUCUUGGCCUAAUUCCAAUACUUCCAAAGAAUACAGCUGUUUUAUUGUCACCAUAAAACAGGGGUUGGCAACAAAAACCGGUCAGCGAGGGACUUUCUUUGGCCGCCUGAUUUUUUUUUUUUUUUUUUAUAUAUAUAUAUAUAUAAUUUAUUUGUUGUUGAAGAAAAUAAAAAAGACUCAAAAAUCACCAGGAAUUCAGCAAAACAUUAGUUGAACUUAGGAAAUCUGUUCCCAAGUUUUCCCAUGAAUAAAAAAUAGACAUAUAUGACCUUGUAUGUAAUCAAGGUAUGAAAUUAUUGCUAUUUUUAAAUAAAACUUUUUGUGGGGCUUUUUUGUGGUCAAUUUGCAGUGUACAAAUUAUUAUAAUUAUGUUCCUUAACCCCGACCAUCCGCUCGGACAAAAAUCGGGCCCAUGGUCCCCUAUUGAACCCUGAAUAGUCUCAUCAUCAUGUUCCUUAGUUUAUAUCCCCUUCAGAGGAGUCCUGUUGGACUGACACAUGAGAUGUGUGAAACAAGAAUGCUUUGCCCGAAGCAAAACUGGAUCAUACAUUCACUGACUUACCUGUAAAGUGACACCAUUAUUUGUUGUGUGUGUGUCUGUGUGUGUGUGUGUGUGUGUGUGUGUGUGUGUGUGUGUGUGUGUGUGUGUGUGUGUGUGUGUGUGUGUGGUGUGUGUGUGUGUGUGUGUGUGUGUGUGUGUGUGUGUGUGUGUGUGUGUGGUGUGUGUGUGUGUGUGUGGUGUGUGUGUGUGUGUGUGUGUGUGUGUGUGUGUGUGUGUGUGUGUGUGUGUGUGUGUGUGUGUGUGUCUGUGUGUGUGUGUGUGUGUGUGUGUGUGUGUUGUGUGGUGUGUGUGUGGUGUGUUGUGUUGUGUGUGUGUGUGUGUGUGUGUGUGUGUGUGUGUCUGUGUGUGUCUGUGUGUGGUGUGUGUGUGUGUGUGUGUGUGUGUGUGUGUGUGUGUGUGUGUGUGUGUGUGUGUGUGUGUGUGUGUGUGUGUGUGUGUGUGAAAGAGCGAGAUAGAGACAUACAGGAAGAGGUUGGCAUUCUAUCCCGUACACACAUCCAAAUAAUAAAACACUACAUUCACUGCCUCUGCCAGACUGUGGCCUGUGCUGAGGGAUGACGGAGAGUUACAUGAGCCUUUAUCACCCAACUGAGCCAACCUGAUGAUAUCCUGAAAGGUGGAAGCAUAGCUCAAUCAUUAACUACACAGGACAGGUAUGAUGUAGACAGAUGAUUCGCUUUCACUUCUGGUUUACACACAGACGGUAUAGACUGGACAGUCAGGAAGAAAGAAAGAAAGAAAACCACAAACACAGGUACGUAAUGAUAUGUAAAACAGACUUGUCUGGGGAGUAAAGGGGAGGGUAGAGGUGAGAGUUUGAAUCUCUCUCCACUAACAAGAGGGGCGUGACCAGUACGGGGUCACAUGGGUCACUUGGUGAGGGUUUUGUUACUACGCUGAUAAAUGACAAUAUCUAUCCUGACCUUUGACACCAAGGACAUGUGUGUGUGUGACCGGCUCUUCUGAAAUAGUAGUGGAGCUACAUAAUGUGGUAAACUAUUGUAGACUCUCGGGGAGGGUACCGGGUUUAGAGAUCAAAUCUACCGUUACUGGAAAAAUACAGGGGCCAUUCACUGGAACUGUCAAACAACAUUAUGCCUUAGGCAAAAGAGCAAUGUUUUUUUUUCUCUCACGUUUAUGGCAACUGCUCUUCAGUGAAGAACAUCUAAAGCCUAAACCCAAAUGGUAUUCGUGUCUACUCUACUAAAUGCCAGGAUGUUUAGACGUGGACUUUCAAGCAUUUUAGUACCCAAUUAGGAAAUGAGAAAGUACCAUAGAACAUAAAGUAUAGAUAAUACAUAGAAAUAGAGUGUAUAGAUUACGUAAAAAGAUACUGUCUUAUACUGCUGUACAUGGGGGUUGAUAGGUGUCUGUAGGUUAAUUAUUGUCUGCUUUAGAAUCAAGAUAAAGGUUCCUUGUUUUACCCAGUAUAAGUUACUAUCCAGAAUUUUUCAGGCGCAAUCUUUUCCGUUAUAGAGUUAUGGCUUAACCACUCCUCUUUAAACUCUUACACAAUGGGAGCUCCGUCUCCGUAGGACAUAGUAGCGGCGAGCAGUAAGGGAAAUGAUCAAAGCGUACACACCUUCCCUGGAUUGUUUGUCAAGGACUAACAUGUCUUCUCUCAACAAAAAAAACAAAAAACACCUUUAGGGAAGCGUUCUGUCUCAAUUAUCGUUUUGGUAAACUAACUGGCGUGUAAAAAGCCUGUGUUUUUUGACGACGUUAACCGUAGGCACACAUUCCUUCUCACGCAGUCACCUUCCUCAACCAACUCCCACGUCACAUGGGAGCUUGUCAGCCAGUGGUAAUGUUAUGUCCCUUAGAAGGAAAAGGCUGUGUGGACACUCGACACCUGCAGACUGACAUUUCAUUUCAGAAUUGGUUCAAAUGAGGUUAAGGUAAGGUUCAGUUUUAUAUUGUGGUUAGUCGUUUUGCAUGUCAGGAGUGUUCCCCAUUGCCUCUCCCACCUCUGAAGCCUGAAGCAGGUGAACAGGUGACUUAGUUUUUGGCUCUAAGAACGUGACCGUGUGGCUCUGACUAUUAUCGUUGCCAAAACAGGUCUCUGACCUUGAGGAACAUACAUUUGAGCAGCAUAUGGGACAAACAAACUGGUUCUUCAAUGUUGGUUUAGUGGCAAAGUAUUUAAAAAAGUACUACAGCCAAUGUGUUGGACGACUUCUAACAGAUUUUGUACUUACAAUAACAAACAAAAAAGUAUGAUUGCUAAUAUUUCUGAAAUCAUAAUGUAAACAUCUUCAUGACAGAAGUUAAAAUAUACUAUAUCCCAGCACCUGCUUGAGCUCUUUCUUUCUCUCUCUCUCUCAGACACACACGGGUGAUAGGUGGUUUGUAAAUGUUGAAAUUGACAGUGAUAUUUCGUUCCCGGUCUUAAAAAGUCAUUCUUCUUUCUGUUCAUGACACGUGAUUGACAGAUGGAAGUCCAUGAGACCAUGAGAGAGAGAGAUGAUGAUGAGAGAGAGAGAUGUCAACCACACAAUAAACGACAGAGAGAGCAGCUGUGCCCCAGACAUGCUGUGACUCAUAAAGCAGACAGCAUCCCUCUCUUCUAAACAUCGAACAUUCAAAUAAAAUCUAGUGCAUUAUGUUGAUUGGUUGUAUACAGUAUGAUGAAAUGAACAUAGCAAAUAUGUGAAAUAAAAACAUCUUAUAUCAUACUAGCUAUAAAAUAUAUUCACUUCCAUUGUGAAUUUAAACCAAUGUAAAGGAGUGGCGAAUCAAUCAGAGAAACAGUGGCCAGAUACUGACAGUAAGCUGUGUUUUUCUCAACCUUGUGUUUCAGCGGUACUGAUGAUAGCCAGCAGGGGGCAGAGAGAACGCAGCCAAAAAAGAGACGCUGGUGUCGCCCCAGCUGCCUUGGCCUGUUUCUGUUCCUGGUCGUGAUGAUGAUUGUGGUCUCCCUGGAAAUCGACCUCAAAGAACUGUCAUCUAUCUGGAGCUACACCUGGUGGAGGGAAAACCGGACCUCACCUUCAACAACCAAUCUAGCAGCAAACAUGUCAGUUGCGAUUCAGGAGAAAUACCAUGUAGAAUACCCACAUGAGUACUCCUUCAUCAUGGAUGAGCAGGUGAAAUGCCGGGAGCAGAACCCCUUCCUGGUUCUGAUGGUGCCAGUGGCGCCCUAUAACAGGGAGGCUCGUGACGCCAUCCGCAGUACUUGGGGCAGUGAGAGGCAGGUACUGGGCAAAGAGGUGCGUCUGUUCUUCCUGCUGGGACUUCCCAGUGGAGAGAGGACAGAGCAGCUCCAGGAGAAGGUGCUGCAGGAGAGCAAAGAGCACCAGGAUCUGCUGCAGAGCGACUUCAUAGACAGCUACAAAAACCUGACCAUCAAGACCAUGAUGACGAUGGAGUGGCUGAGCUCUCGCUGCCCCAACGCCUCCUACGCCAUGAAGAUCGACUCAGACAUGUUCCUCAACGUGAACACCUUGGUCAACAUGCUGCUUCACGCUCCAAAGCAGAACUACAUGACUGGAAUGGUGGCAAGUGGCGCUGCAGUUCUUCGGGACCCGAGCUCCAAAUGGUACCUUCCUCAUGAGGCUUUUCCUGAACCAGUAUACCCACCUUAUGCUCUGGGCCUGGGCUAUGUCUUCACCUUAGACCUCCCCAGGAAGCUGGUGGAGGCGUCCAGGCAUGUUAAAGCCAUCUACAUAGAGGAUGUGUAUCUGGGACUGUGUAUGAGACACCUGGGCAUCAGGCCUACUAACCCCCCCAGUUGGAGACUUUUUCUGGGGUACACAGGUGCCCAGAAUCGCUGUUACUACAGCUCUGUCAUCACGACCAUCCUCUCGACUCCUCAACAGCUACUGGACAUAUGGAAAGACUUGAAGAAACUUGGGCCUGCCUGUUGA